AUGGAAGCACCAUUCCCUUCCCCAACCACAAAGUGGCACACCAAAGCCUACCAGUCUAUAUCACCUAGCAGGCCGGAACUUUCAGCUAAAGGCAAGACAUUGGUAGUUACCGGAGGGGGUACCGGCAUCGGUUCAGAGACUGCUCACCACUUUGCUGAAGCAGGCGUGUCACGAAUCGCCCUCCUAGGUCGCAGAGAGCAACCUCUUCUGGAAACAAAAGCCUCCAUCGAAAACAAAUUUCCACAGAUCGAGGUGUUCGUGGCCCCUACCGAUAUAACGGACAAGGACCAAGUCGAUGCAGCUUUUGCCAAAUUUGCCAUCAAGGGUUCAAUCGACAUUUUGGUUAGCAAUGCGGCUAUUAUUGGGCCACAGGAAGGCAUCAGAAAUGUGGACAGCGACAGAUUCAUUGGAGCCAUUCAAGAAAACCUCAAAGGUGCACUCGCUGUUGCCCAGGCCUUUCUCCGGCAUGCAUCAUCAGAUGCAGUCGUUAUUGAAAUCAACUCGUCCGCUGCGCAUGUGAAUUUUGGUCCUGGUUUUGCUGCCUACAGUGUCGCCAAGCUAGCAGUAUUCCGAAUUUGGGAUUCCUUGGCCUUUGCAAACCCGGACUUACGCGUCUUCCAUAUCCAGCCUGGUGUCGUGGAUACCGCGAUGAACAAAGAAGCUGGAGGGGUCAAAGCGACAGGCAUCGAAGAUCAUGUUUCUCUGCCGGCGAGCUUUUGUGUUUGGCUUGCGAGCCCCGAAGCUAAAUUUUUGAACGGCAAGUAUCUAUGGGCGAACUGGGACGUUGACGAGCUCAAGGCUAAGGCUGAGGAGAUCAAGGAGAGCAGUGAUCUUAGUAUUGUACUUGGCGGGUGGCCUUUCCAGAAUCCCAACUGGAAGACAAUGUGGAAGUCGUAG